GCCGGGAGUUCUCUUGCCGGGACAGGAAAUUUCCUUCUAGCUCUGUCUCUCCUGCCUACCCCGUCAACGACUCCAACAUCCACGUCGAUAUCGAAUUUCUCGACGACUUGUACGCUUCAUCGCGCUAUAGCCGACGGACGUCUUCACCAUGCACUAUAUUCGAUUUUGUCGAUCACCUGUGGUUGAGCAGGGGAGGUCAGGGCUUAAAACACUGAAGCUUGUUCUCACCAUCACAACCGACCUGAGCGACAAAUUCCUUUGUCCUCAUGAGCCGAUCCAGCUUUCCAUUAUCGGAGCCGGCGCUCCAGCAAAUCCACAGAAUGGUCCGGUGCCCAUCAACCUGACGCCAAGGAAUCCUCCAACCUGGAGGACCGGUAUGCGUGUCUUGAAGAUCGAUGUUCAACUCCCACCACAGCCAAUCGAGACGGUCCAAGUCAGGCCAACCAACCGACAAAUGGCGGCUCUCAUCACCGACGACAUCAGUUCUGGCAUUGGAGCCGGCUUGAUUCUUCCUGUCUUUGCGGAUCUCUCACCUGGUCCGACUAGCCACAUUUGCUUCCGGAGCUUGCGCUUGCCUGGCGGGACCGCGACGCUUCAGGUGGAGGAGGAGAUGGGUGAGAGCAUGGCCCGUCAUGUAUGGGACGGCGGCCUCACCACCGCCUCCUUUGUUGCCAGUAUGGUCCUUGGCCAAACGGCUGCCAACAGCAGCAGUACCACGGUGUCGUUGCCCAUUUUGGCAAACAUUCUGCAGCAAAACGACGGACCACUGAACAUUAUGGAGUUAGGCUGCGGUGUGGGCAUCUUGGGCCUUGGUGUUGCGCGCAUCCUGGGCGUUUCAUCGCAAGCAACGGCAGAGAAGUCGACCCUCCUCAUGACCGAUCUCCCCGACGCGGAAGAACGGACGCUGGCCAACAUUGCCCGCUCGGCAGACCAGACAGCCUGCACUGUGAUGUACGAAAACUUGGACUGGAAUGACGGAAAGGAUGGGAUAUUUGGGCCCGAGGUGACGUCGCGGGCGUGGGACCUGGUGAUUCUCAGCGACUGCACGUAUAAUGACCUGCUGCCCGAGCUGGUCAAGACUCUUUCCGCUGUCCAUGCUCAUUCUGCUCAGCAUUCCGGCCCUUCCAACACCAAGAUCUUGCUUUCCACAAAGCCAAGGCAUUCUGACGAGAAGGUGUUCUUUGACCUCAUGUCAGAAGAUGGAUGGUCGAUACAGGAGGAAGUCAAGCUGCCGCUCCCUGUGCUGAAUGACGAGGCGCAGACUGUGGAGGUCUACUUGUUUUCGAAAAGCUAAAAAUCGGCUGCUUGCUGUUUGGGCAAUAUGCCAUCACCAUUUUCUGACUGAUUUUUGCCAUGGCUUCUCCUUUCCAUCAGUAGGCGACUUUGUCAAAGAGCAUCCGGUUCACCCCAGACAAGCGCAGAUCCAUUGCAUACAUUCGUGCAAGCCGUCUUUUGACGUGUGGUUAGUCCGGGGAGGAAAGCACGAGGCAAACGUCACAGAUAUUUCCAACUGCUAGGCCAAGGAGGUCGCUUCUCACGAUGAGCUGGCAUCCAGGUGUAGAAGAAGUAGCUGAGGUGUGCUGGUAGUGGAAAGCCGGACACGCAUGGCAAAGCUGCAGUCAAACGGAGCUGGAUGACCAAUGUCGACCAUGCUGUUUAGCAAUAUCUCGAACCUUCUGGGCCUGCCUGUGAUGGCAGUUGUGUCUUUGGG